UGCGUCAUCAUUUUUAUGCUGCUACUUGUGUGCCGAUGCAGAGUGAAGGGUGGAAGACAAACCAAAGUAUGUCCUAAUGCUGCAGCUUUUACAUGUUGACUCCAAAGCAACGCAGCUCACAGAGGAAACCACUUGCACCCAACAACAUGCACUGAAGUAAAGGAAGCAGCAGCAGCAGUAGCAGCACAGUCAAAUCUCUGAAAUGUGCAGCGUCUCUACAAAGUCACAUUAACUGAGUUGGGCAAGACAUCCAUCGCAGACAGCCAGACACAGAAACACAGAGCAGGUUGGUCUGAAUGUGAAGUGGAAACAAACCACAGGCAGAGAUGCGAAGAGUUCGACGAAAAGGAGUGAACAAAGAGAAGGUGUUUGGAUGUGACCUGCUAGAGCACCUGACCGUCUCCUCGCAAGAGAUUCCUCUGGUGUUGCGAUGCUGCAGUGAGUUUGUGGAGCAGAAUGGGAUUGUGGAUGGAAUCUACAGGCUGUCUGGAGUGUCAUCCAACAUUCAGAAGCUCAGGGGUGAGUUUGAGAGCGACGGGAGUCCAGACCUGAACAAGGAUGUGUACCUGCAGGACAUCCACUGUGUCAGCUCUCUGUGCAAAGCUUAUUUCCGAGAGCUGCCAAACCCUCUGCUCACAUACCAGCUGUACGACAAGUUUGCUGAAGCUGUGGCCAUCCAGCUGGAGGAGGAGAGGCUAGUAAAGAUCAGAGAUGUGCUAAAAGAACUACCAGCACCACAUUACAAGACUCUGCAGUUUCUGAUGCAUCAUCUCGUCAAAAUGGCUUCAUAUUCCUCAGAGACCAACAUGCACGCCAGAAACCUGGCCAUCGUCUGGGCUCCCAACCUGCUCAGGUCGAAGGACAUUGAGGCAUCUGGAUUUAACGGCACAGCAGCCUUCAUGGAGGUCAGGGUUCAGUCCAUUGUGGUGGAGUUCAUCCUCACACAUGUUCCUCAGCUGUUUCCUGAACAAGGUGUAUCAAACGAGAGGAGGAAGUCCCUCCCGUCGCCGUCCGCCAUGCCCAAUCAGAAUGAAAUCUUCUUCAGGUCCGGUCACAUUCAGCCGGUCACCAGCUUUGGUAACAUCAGCCCAGGAGAUGGUCCUCUUCCUAUUAGACCCUACCACGCUAUCAUCGAAGGCACAGACAAGAGGAAAGGAUCUCUCAAAGGCAGGAAGUGGAUGUCCAUCUUCAACAUCGGAGGACGAUUUCAUGACCCCCGGAGGAGACACAAACACUCAGCCAAAGAAAAAGAAACUUCUUCUUUGAGAUCCGCAAGAAGCAUGGACUCCCUCAACACCCCACCAUCAUUUCCAGCUGAAGGUUCCAGGCGUUCUGCCCAGCGUCCUCCUUCCACCAACAUGUCUGCCAUCACCACUCCCCCUGCUCAGUCCGGUUCAGACGCCUCGGUGCCUUCUGGUGCGAUGGGUGGCAGUGAAUACGCUGUGACGUAUCGUAGAGGAACAGGUUUAGUGAGCGGAGGUGCAGGAACUCAGGGAACCUACACAGCUCUCGACCCAGAAGGUUUAGGGAUUGCAGGAAAUGAGGGCGUCCAGUCCAGAUCCCCGGGACUGUCCACUAAAGUCGGCCGAAGAGCAGCCAUGCACAUCACAGGGCCCACCAUGGUCACUGUUCCACUACAUAUCACCUCCAACCUGGCGUUAGGGGUCCUGCAGGGGGGCGGCAGUGACAGGGUCAUCCACAGGGGAAGAGAUAAGGAUGGAGGAGACAAGGUGGAGGGUAAGGAGGCAGGAGAGAAGGUGGAAAAGAAGGAAAGCAGCAGGAUGGAAGAGAAGAUGGAGGAAGGUAGGAAGGAAGAGGAGAAGAGUCAAAGCAGCAAAGGAGCGGUGGUUGUGGAGGGGAAAACAGAGUCAGUGGAUGGUGCUGGUGAGGAAAAAGGUGGAGGAGUAGAAGACAAAGGAGGCGAGGAGGUGAAAGGAGAUUGUAGAUCGAAGCAGGAGCUGAUGGAAGCUCGAAGUUUGUCCAGAGAGCUGCGAAACAAAAGCGUCAACUCCAACACUGAGGGAAGUAAUGCAGACGAUGACAACGGCGAAUACAUGGAAAUGAAAGGGGUAGACCUGGCUGAACUUCAGGCAGUAGCGGCUCAACAUAGAGACGACGGCGUGUUUGAUGCUUCAGACAUCCUGAACUCCACAGAGGUGCAGGCGUACGACCACGAGCUGUCUGGCUAUGUUCAAGAUAACUUUGAAUUCCUGGACCAAAUGGACUGCAAUGUCCUGGACCAUAUGGACUGCAGUAUGGCCUAUCAGGCGAAUGAAUUCUCUGUUGAACCUCCUGGACACUCGGACGAUGAGUAUGAAGACAUGGAACAAGCUCAGACUUCACAUCACCCUGCAGAGGUUCAGUCAAGCCCCGAACCACUCAACCAGACCGAGUUAAAUCCACACAGGCCACUUAGCCUCGACAUCCCCAGUCGACACACUAAAUCACUCAGCUUACCGUACAUGACCUCACCGAUCCAUGGACCGGAGGAGUCUUGCUCUGAGGAUGAGGAUAAUGCAGAGGAUGACUUUGGUGAUAAUGAUUACACCGAUGACGAUGACGAUGACGAUGACGAGAACAUGUUUAUUAAAAGCCUUCCACCUAAUUUCUUUUUAAGCACUCUGGUUGGGUUUGACCCAGACACUGAAGCACAGCACAGGUCCGCUCUUGAUCCUGAACAUUACUUUCAGAGCUCGGAUGAACGAGACUGUGAGUCAUUGAACCCUGAACUCUCUGCAUGUAAAGAAACGGCUACUAGAGAUCAAACAGAAGUGAAACCAGAAGAAGAUGAAGAUAAAGUAGAAGAGAUAACAAAAAAAGAAGAGGAAGUUCACCAGGGACCAGACCAGCAGGAAGACAAUAUGCAAAGCACAGCAACAGAGGAGCAGCUGAACAGCAUGACAGACGCUGAAAGUGAAAAAUCUCUUGUCAGUUUAGAGGCAUCACCACCCUGCUGUGAGGAUCUUCCACCGCCAAGCGACGAGAACAAUGAUGAAUCAAGCUCUGUGGCCGGCAUCAAAGUCGAGGAGGAGAAGGAGGAGGUUGAAAUUCCACAGACAGAAACAGUUUCAUUAAAGGUUUCCGGAGACUUUUCUGAAAUGAUGUCUAGCAGCUCCUCUAGAGAGGAGAGAUGCUGUAGGGAGGCAGACAAAGAAACAGACGACAUGUACCAAGAGUUUCCUCUGGAAACAAAAGAAAUGCAUGAGAAUGUGCAGGAGAAACCUGUUGAGGGAACAGCUGACACAAAACACAAAGAGCAGAAAAGUGCAAUCUGUGGGACAAACAGUGACAUUUGGAAGGAACUUGAGGAGGUUAUAUGUGAAGUGAUAGAGGAUGAGGAAAGUGAGCAAUGUGAGAAAGAGGGUGGUGCUGGAUGGGCAGAUGUGGUCAAAGAUGGAGAGGAGGAAGAGCAGACGGCAAAGGUUUCAGGUGAAAAGAUGGUGGAAGUUAAAGAAGGAGAGAGAAACAAAACAGAAGUUAGAAUCGAAGUAGAGGAAGAGAGUGAGCUGGCAGACCCUGAGGAAGACGAGACUUGCUUUUCAAUGAAAAUCGAGUCAGAAGAAGCAACCGAGGUGAAGCAGGGCUCUAGUGAAGAAGCACAGCAGCAUGACGGAGAAGAAGUGGUUACAAAACAUCCAGAAAAAGAGAACAGUGACAAAGAGCAACGCAGAACUCUGCUGCUUCCAGAUAAACAGCUAAAGGAGGUCAGAUCUGAUACAGUAAGAGAGAGCAGAAAGUGUGAAACAAGUGGCCUAGGAGGCGUUGGAAGGCAGCUAGUCGUCUCCAAACAGCCCAAAGUUUACCAAGUCAAAGCAGUGCCAGUGGUGCCUCCGAAGCCUCAGCACUGCAAGAUCACGGCGCUGACGAUCCGACAGCAGCAGCAGCGAGAGAAGAGAGACAACACCCUGAGAGUCCCGGCAGAGCAGGACAAAGAUGAAAACGACAAACCGACGCUCCGAGGAGGCGACCGGGAGCGACGGAGGGACGAAGGCACCGGCAACAGAAACAGCCCCCUCAGCAUGUGUUUUGAUGAAGCCGUUGCCAUAGCAACCAUGAGGCGGGAAAAAGAGCGAGUGCGAGAAGGUGAACUAGAUGCAGACGGGUUGGGGAAGUGAAGCGAAUGUUUCUGUACAAUAUAUGAAUUAAAACAGAUGUUUCUGUACAAACUAUGUAGCAUAAAAAGUUGUAUUUUCUUAUGCUGGGCGAGAGUUUAAUUUCAGUACAACAACAGUGUCACUCGUCUAAUGCAGCUGAAGAGGAUGUUUCGGUGUUUAGGAAACUAGUAGUUUUUUCAAAGUAUGUUUGGGAGAAAGGAUUUUUUCCCCUUUUGUUAGACAGGAAAUAGGAAAAAGAAAUGUUGACUGAUAUGCAACAGAGGUUUCCCACUGGAUAAAUAAAUGAAAUUAAUAUAUAGAAGCAAAUAAUGAAGUGGAAUUUAAAGACAAAUGCUGCUCCAGCAUGACAAACCACCUUAUAAACUGAAAUUUUUAAAAUCUAAAUUGGUAUGAAAUCUGUAAAGCAAAACUUCCCAUUUUUUGAAAAGUCAAUUUAGAUCUAAAAUUUUUAUAAUUUUGCCCCAAAUACAGAGCAAAUUACAGCAGUCAUCUAAUUAUAGAAUACCUAAUAUAUGAACAGUUUAUCUUUAAAGUAUGGUUAGAAGAUAAUGAAUAGAAUGUAUCAUUAUGAUGAAUAUAAUGUCUGCAGGAGUUUUUUGGAUUGUGUGAAUAAAAAUAUUUUCAAGAUGA